AUGCAUCCUCCUUUCGCACUCUUUUCGGCUUUUGCUGUAAUCCGCUGCGUAACGACAUCCCCCGUGGACGUUGCAUUGGUGCAGCUUUUUCUAUGGGGCGACAAGACACCAACCAGUCUGAGCUUUGCUGGUCCCGUGAUCGCUAAGGCGCAGGAAGAUAUGGCACCUUACAAGGAUACUUUGAAUAUAACCAGAGUUCUCAUCUAUGACCGUAACGUGACGACAUGCGUUGGGAUGGAUCAAAAAGCAGCAUUCUGGAUUACGCGCUAUUUUUACCAUGAGGCGGAUGGUAAUCCGGUCAUGGGGGUAUUCAGCCCAGAAUGUCCAGCAGCAGCAUCCUCCAUAGCUGCACUGGCGAGAACGUGGAACAAACAGAUGCUAGUCACCAAAUGGGGAGAUUUUGGUUUCUCCAACAAGAAGCGCUAUCCCACAUUGACCAUGUUCUCGCCCUAUAUUGAUUACAGCCUGGAUAUGUUCUUGGGCAGAUUAUUGGCACACUUCAACUACAGCAACGUGGUGAUAAUGUGUGAUGAUGAACAAGACAAUUUAGGACUGUAUGUGCCCACGUGUACAUCCGUAUUCGACACGCUGCGUUUGAAGUAUAAUGUCAGCGCCAGCCGGUUCUAUGUGAAUGCCACGUACGAGUACAAUGUCAGGCAUUAUUUGGACAAGAUAAAAGCUUUGACUCGAGUUAUCAUCAUCAUUGCCCAUGGCGACCGGAUUCGUCCAAUCAUGUUAGCAGCGUUUGAUAAGAAGAUGACGGAGGGCGAUUAUGUUUAUUUCACACUUGAACUUUAUCUACGCAGUAAAUUUUACGGCAGCGUUACCUGGAAUACUGGAGACCGAGAUAAACGCGAUGCGGAUGCCCGUACCGCCUUUCGCUCCCUCUUCGUAUUAUCUCCGCGCAAUCCGGAUGCCACACCCGAAUACCGCAAAGUUACGGAUGAAAUAAAACAGCGCUCUAGAAGUACAUCCGGCUAUACAUAUGCCGCCGGGGAGAAAGUCAACCCAUUUGCCAUGGCAUACUAUUACGCCCUCGCCAUUUACGCCCAGGUGUUGAAUGAAACUAUAGCCAGUGGACGGGAUCCCAACGACGGGUACCUGCUUAGCAUGCUGAUGUGGAACCGAACAUACACCAUUUUAGGUCAAGAUAUCAGCAUCAGCCCUAAUGGCGAUCGCGAGACGGACUGGACAAUGAACCAGAUGAAUGCCGAAACCGGAAUGUUUUUGCCUGUAAUGGACUACUCCGCUAAGCGCAAUAUCGUGACACCUUCUCGUGACCCAGCGGAUGACGGCACUCGUCAGAUUGUUUGGUACAACCGUAAUAGCCCGCCUCCUAAUGAACCAAAAUGCGGCUAUCGUGGAAUUAAACCAGAGUGCGAUGCUAUAAAGCAAGGUGCAAGCAAGCAAGGGAACCACUAUCAGCAGCUUGCAGCCGCUGUCGUAAACUUAUUCCAAGCGGUGAAAGGAAUGCUCUGAGCAUAAUUUUAUUUGCCGGCUUCAUUAUCCUGACUUGCAAGAGAUACAUCGAAGCUUUUGUUCCGCUUUUAUCAUAACGAUUUUGAUAUUGGUCGUUGACACACUUUAACGGUAAGGAGCUGGUAAAAAGUCACUGUCAGCUACAUUUUUGAACGUUUUGGUAGUAUUAUUACGCAAAACACUGCA